GGCCGGCUCGGCGGACGGGGAAGGAGAAGCGGGAGGGGCCGGCUGCGGCGGCCGGGGCGCGCAGGGGCGCGGGGAUGGAGGACGGCGUGGCCGGGCCCGGACGCGGGGCGGCGGCCCAGGCCGGCGGGGCGGCGAGAGCGCGGCCCGGGGGGACGCUGCGGCCCUUCGCGCCCUUCUCGGGGGCGGCGGCGACCGACGAGGGCGGCGGCGACUGGAGCUUCAUCGACUGCGAGAUGGAGGAGGUGGACCUGCAGGACCUGCCCAGCGCCACCAUCGCCUGCCACCUGGACCCGCGCGUGUUCGUGGACGGCCUGUGCCGGGCCAAGUUCGAAUCCCUCUUUCGGACCUAUGACAAGGACAUCACCUUUCAGUAUUUUAAGAGCUUCAAGCGAGUCCGCAUCAACUUCAGCAACCCCCUGUCGGCUGCGGAUGCCAGGCUCCAGCUGCAUAAGACGGAGUUUCUGGGGAAGGAGAUGAAAUUGUAUUUUGCUCAGACUCUGCACAUAGGCAGCGCGCACCUGGCGCCCCCCAACCCAGACAAGCAGUUCCUCAUCUCCCCGCCGGCCUCGCCGCCGGUUGGCUGGAAGCAAGUGGAAGAUGCGACUCCCGUCAUAAAUUAUGAUCUUUUAUACGCUAUCUCCAAGCUGGGGCCAGGGGAGAAGUACGAAUUGCACGCUGCCACCGACACCACACCCAGCGUGGUAGUCCACGUGUGCGAGAGCGAUCAGGAGAACGAGGAGGACGAUGAGAUGGACCGGAUGAAGCGACCCAAGCCCAAAAUCAUCCAGACCCGGCGGCCGGAGUACGCGCCCAUCCACCUGAGCUGAAGUGGCCAGAGCCGCGCUCCAAAAGUCACAUUGGCGGGGAGGCCUCCGGGACUGCGCGCAGGCGUGCGCGGGUGGUCACCGGCCUGGGAGAGCAGCCCGGCUCUGUGUCCUGGUCCUCGUGAAGCUGGGGGUCCGGCCAGGGCUCCCGGCUCCCGAGCAAAGCCCCCCUCCCGGGCCCACCCCCGCCCCCUGAAUGCAUUUAGGCGGGGGGCGGUUCGCACGCAGACAUUUGGGAACGCCUCGAGAGCCCUCUUCGGUCGCGGUCGUUGUUUCUUGUAUUUGUUCUUUUCCGGUAGGUUUCGUGUUUGUCCCAGGUGGGGUCGAGGACAGGAGCGUGUUGGUGACCAGCCUCUCCCGGCUGGGGGCAGGGGCAGGGCAGGGCAGGGCGCUCUGCUGGCCGGGAAAGGCCCCACCCCCCACCCCCCAUGAAGCCACUGGCGUUGCCCCCUGGAAGCCGUCACGUGUCUCGUUCUCCACCCCUCACCCCCACGUUUUGACAUUUGUGCACGUCCUGAUUCUCCAGAACUAACCCUCGUUGGCCUAGAGAGUCACACCAGUCGUUUCCUGUCUCUUGGGAGGUUAGGAAAGCUUUGGAAGAAAAAAGUGAAAAAGCAGGAUGGCCUGUCCAGGUUCCAAAUGGAGCAACACCCGCAGGUGGAUUUCUGCCUGGUCUACACUGCCUGCUCUGCCCUCACUCAGCAACAUGUCCCUUGUGCUUUCUGGGGCAAAAAAACAAAACAAAAACAUUUGAGCUGAAAUUUCCUGUACAGAAGGGUCCUGGUCAACCAAAUCCAGAGAUGGGGCUGUAUCACUGCCAACCCACAGUGGGAGCAAAAUUCCAGAGGAGAUGCUAGGGUCAGGCCUAGGCUUCAUGGUGAUGGAGGUGUAGGAGUCAUAGCCAAUCCCUUUAUCAUUUUUUUCCCCUGGGGAGGGGAAGGGUGGAGGAAGGGAAAGUUCUUGGUGGAGAUAGUUGAAUUUUUUUUUUAUACCCUGCUACCAACAUUGAGAUACACUUACUUGUAAAUAAAAAAAAAAAAGAUAGCCUAGUCAUGUCUUGUACAUUUGGGGUGGAAAAUCGGGCAGGGGAAGGAGGAUAGCAUAAGAUGUACUAACCUAGCUGUGAGUUGUGUAGUGUUGUUUAAAAAAAAAAAAAGGAAUCGUUGUUCAUCCAUUUGCAGGACUUGACUCCCCGUGGAAGUGGGUGUGUGGUGGUGGUGUGACAAGAAGGAUGCAGUGCCUUCCCCCGUUAAUCCCUGGUGGAGCUGUUACACUAGGUCAAACUGUGUUAUUCUUUUUCAAGUUGUCCUGUGUCUGUCUGGUAACUAGGUGCCCCACCUGACCACGCCCUCGCAGAGUUGGUCGUUUCUGAAAUAGCCGUCCAUGCCGAGUAACGCGUUAUGCAUGCUUUGGGAACUUGGGAGAUGCUUUUCUCGAGAAGAAAACGCCAUGGGGGCCGUUCCUCUCGAGAGAUCGGCUUGAAUGUUCUCAAAACCCUGUUUACAGUUCUUGGCGGGGUGUGUGGGGGGGUGGGUCGAGAGACCAUUGCAUAGCUGUUCAAGUGUUCCUAGUCAAGUGCUUUUAAACUGGAGAGGCUAGCCUCAAACUAUUUUUUUUAACUGCAUUCUAUAAUAAAUCAGUAAGAUAUGCUCUUUACGGAAAGGUCA